AUGGUUCGUUUGUACGGCUGUUCUAUCGCGCUGCUUUCGGCUAUCGCAUUCGCUUCUACUUCAUUUAGUGAGGAGGAUGUCGGCACAGAAAAAUCUACAUCGCACAGUCCAAACGAUGUUUACACAGCGUCUGCCCAGAAAGUUGCGUCGUGGGAAGUACAGCCCGAUGGAUCUGCCAUUACCAAAGAUUCAAAAUCGCCUUCGCCUCUUAGUGCCAAGGCACAAAUUCGGAGGGACGAGAACGGCAAGUGGAUCGUUGUGCCUUAUGAGAAAACUGUAGGCCUUGAUGUCAUAUCUUCACCACAGCUGCCACAAGCAAAACAAGCUGAGGCGAUCGAAGCUGAAAACGACGUUGAUGUCGUCGAAAAGGCGACCGAUUCGAUGUUUCUGACCCCAUCAAAGUCUUUUCUUGCACUGGAAGCUCGCAUCGCUAAUGAAGGAUAUACGUCCGAGUUAAUGGACGAGCUAGUGAGAAUAUCUCAGACAUACGAAGAUCCUCCAGAUCAGCGGAAGGGGAAUGAUUGGGCGUUUGCAGUCACACACAUGUCGUUGAGACAAUUAUUCAGGCCUAAUAGCAUGACAAAAGAAGAUCAAGUGUUUAUUGACGCGAUCUUUAACCUUAAAAUUGCCGCGGAUUAUGGAGCACAAGUGGCACGUGAAGUCAUUGCCAUGCUUGAUCUCAUUGGUGUGCCCGAUCCAGACGAGUUGGACGAUCCGAAUUUGCCCCCACUUUCACGAGAAGAACGGAGACUCGAAGGAAUUGAGGCGCUCCAAUCGUUAGCUUCUUUUAAUGACUCGAUGGCAAUGCUGACUGUGGCGUAUGGCACGUUGUCUGGUGAAAUUCCAGCACAAUCCACCGAUCUGAAAAUUCUUGCAGAUUCAGACGCAGUGUGCGAAGCAGCCGCGACUCUUUAUCGCAAGUGUGCAGACCAUAAUGUAUAUGUUAUUGCUGCUGAAGGAAAUGAGCGAUUUCCUGAUAUCGUGCGCUUAUCGGGCCGAUCGCGUAGUAGCGCUUGGGAUGUGAUCGGAUUGGGUGGCUUGGAUUACGAAAGCCAACCUCUCGCUUUGAUCGAACACUAUCUCACAAUUGCUAACGAUCCGAUGGAUAAAGAAUAUUUACGGGCGAUGCUGUAUCUUGGUGACCUCUACUUCUCUGGCGAUCCGGCAGCUCAUAUUGCACCGGAUCAGAGACUUGCUGCGCAAUACUACCGUCGAGCUGCAGAAGCUGGUAGCUCGGCGGCUCAAGCCAACUAUGGCAUGGUUCUUGCCAAGGGUAUGGGGGUCGUGCAGGACUAUGCACAAGCAAUCAUGUAUCUUAAUCGCGCUGCUAAAAAGAAUAAUUCAUUCGCUUUUUUCGGCCUUGGUGAACUCUACUUCCGCGGAUAUGGCGUACCACAGAAUGUCUCCCUUGCUCUUAGCUUUUUCAAUGAAGCUUUGAGUCAAGGCUAUGCGCUAGCACACUCAUUUCUAGGAUCAAUCUAUUUACACGGUCAAGAAGGUGUGCCAAUCGAUCACAACAAGGCCUUAUAUCAUUACAAAGCAGCUGUCAACGCGACGGGUGGCAAGGCAAGUCAACCACUCCAUGACUUGGCUGGCAUGCACUACCAUGGGUAUGGCACACCACGUUCGUGUGCCAAAGCUUUACCUCUUUUCCGCUCGGUUGCUUUGCAUCACGACAUCAAUUCAAACUUUCCUUUUUCGCACGAUAAAGCGUACGAAUGCUAUAAGAAAGAAGACUACCUUCGUGCGUACCUGCAGUACCGACUCAUUGCCGAAUUAGGGGAUGUAGACGCACAAUGCAAUGCUGCUUAUUUGUUGGAGCACCAUGGAGACAGCAUCUUUAAGUGGCGCUGGCUUGCCCUUUCGGCGAGAAGCACAAGUAAUCCGUUAUUACAUGAAGCAUUUACUCUAUACUCGCAGGCAGCAGCGUUGAACGACUCGGAAGCGAUUCGAAAAACGGGUAUAUGUUACCAUGAGCCGUGGGACGGCGUUUGUCCUAGCAACCGUACUGAAGCAUUCAAGCGGUACCAGCUUGCCGCAGAAUUAGGCGACGCACAAGCUGGUCACAACUGCGGAUUAAUGCUGUUGACAGGCGAUGGAAUUCCGCAAAACAUGACAGCAGCGAGAAGCCACUUUGUCCAUUGCAGCAAUGCAAACUUUCCUGCAAACGUGCCGUGUGCUCUCGUGCUUUUAGGACUUGGUUUUCUACAGAGUAUCAAAACACUCGUCGGCUGGAUUUGA